AUGAUGCUCAACUGGAAGCUACUGGGGAUCCUGGUCCUCUGCCUGUAUGCUGGAGGUAUCUCAGGCAGUGGGGACCACCCCUCUCCCCGACUCACAGAGGUCCAAGAGGAGGAGGCCUUCCCACCAUUGCCUCAGGGCCCCCCAGUCCCCGGUGAUCCCUGGCCAGGGGCACCCCCUAUUUUUGAGGACCCUCCACCUCCAGGCCCUAGUCGUCCCUGGAGAGACCAGCCUGAAACUGGAGUCUGGCCCCCUGAGCCCCCGAGAACUGAUCCUCCUCAACCUCCCCGUCCCGAUGACCCCUGGCCUGCAGGACCUCAGCCUCCAGAAAACCCCUGGCCGCCUGCCCCUGAGGUGGACCAUGGACCUCAGGAAGAACCAGACCUUGACCCACCCCGGGAAGAGUACAGAUGA